AUGGAAAUACAAAUUCUUCCUGAGAGCGCUGUGGAUUUGGGGACCGUAAUGUAUUCUUUCCCCUUGGUUCUGUUUCAGGUUCAUGAGCCCUUCAUGGAGGUGGCUGCUGAAUAUCCCAAAGCAUGGGCCAAUGCGUCCUAUUCUACUCAGGAGUUGGCCUUUAGAGGAAUCUCCCAGGAGGAUCCAUCUCAGAUCUCAUCCUCAGAGAACAGAACAGCAUUGACGGUACCUGUGGAAACAUCUCUUCUUUGUGGUGCAACAGAAACAGCAGUUUUGCUUCCAGCUCAGGAGCCUGUUUCUUUUGAGGAUGUAACAGUUAAUUUCUCUGGGGAGGAAUGGGCUCUGCUGGAUUUUGACCAGAAAGCUAUGUACACGGAAGUCAUGCUGGAAAAUGCUAAGAUUGUGGCCUCCAUACGUAAGGGUUCCUCUUUACUCUGGGUUGAAAUGGGGAAUAUAUUAUCUAGGCAGAAGUAAUUUAUUUCUUAGUGGGAAUGCUUGUCUAUUCUUUU